AUGGCGGCCGCCGUGGGCCUCUCUUCCUCGCCGGGCUCCCCCGCCGUGAGCGAGCUUUGCCAGAACGGGCGGGAGAUCUUCCUGGAGGCUUCGCGGCUGCUCCUCACCUACGCGGAUAACAUCCUCCGGAAUCCUUAUGAAGAAAAAUAUAGAUUAAUUCGGAUUGGAAAUCCAGCAUUUUCCACGAGGCUGUUGCCUGUCAGAGGAGCGGUUGAAUGUUUAUUUGAGAUGGGGUUUCAAGAGGGAGAAACUCACCUCAUUUUCCCUAAGGAAGCUUCGAUUGAGCAGCUACGUAAAAUCAGAGACUUAAUUGCUGGAGAGAGGAGUAGCAGACUGAAUGAGUCAAAUCAAAUCCACAGAUCAGGAUCCUCUGAAGCCGUGACCAGCACUCAGACAGUUGCACAUCAGCCUUCAAGACCUGCUGACUCUGUUCUUGCCCCUGCCCGUCAGCAACCAGAAACAUCACUUGUGCAGUCUCUUGAAAUGGCUGCAAAUAUCUUGAAAACACUUCAAACAAAAUUUGAGCAUCUUGUAUUGAUGUAUGAGAAUCCUUCUAUUCAGCAGAAAGCACUAGCUUCAAUUCCUCUCCAGCAAUUGAAAGGAAAGGCUCAGAGAAAGCUAGCACAAGCUACAAGACUGGACAAAGGUGCACAUGUGAAUGAAGAGGACUUCUUAUUGUUGGAGCUCUUGGACUGGUUUAAGAAUGACUUUUUUCAUUGGGUAAAUAAUCUUCCUUGCAGCAGGUGUGGUGGGCAGACAGAGCCUAAAAGUGACUACCUGUUGCCUACAGAUGAUGAUCUAAGGUGGGAUGGCAGUCGAGUGGAAAAUCAUUACUGCAACCAGUGUCAGUUCUGUAAUAGAUUCCCAAGGUAUAACAACCCCGAAAAACUUUUGGAAACCAGAUGUGGACGCUGUGGCGAGUGGGCUAACUGUUUUACACUGUGUUGUAGAGCUGUAGGGUUUGAAGCUAGAUAUGUCUGGGACUGUACAGAUCAUGUGUGGACUGAAGUAUAUUCUUCAUCUCAGAAAAGAUGGCUUCACUGUGAUCCCUGUGAAAAUGUCUGUGAUAAACCUCUUCUCUAUGAAACCGGGUGGGGAAAGAAGCUCUCCUACAUAAUUGCAUUUUCCAAAGAUGAGGUGGUUGAUGUCACUUGGAGAUACAGCUGUAAACAUGAAGAAGUACUCUCUAGAAGGACAGCACUCAGUGAAGCUACACUACGUGAAACAAUUAACGCACUAAACAGAACGAGACAACGAUCUUUGUCAGAAAAUAGAAAAAGAGAGCUCUUGGAAAGAACAAUUGUGGAGCUUGUUGAAUUCAUUUCUCCUAAAACACCUAAACCUGGAGAAUAUGGUGGAAGGACAUCAGGUUCAAUGACUUGGCGAGUAGCCAGAGGUGAAAUUGGUCCAGAGAAAAGAAAAGAAGUACUUUUUAUUCCGUCUGAAAAAGAGAAGACGUCUAAACUCUUCCACCUCAUCUACAAUAUAGUAGAAGAUAGUUAUACACGGAUUUCCAAUAAUAAUGAAAAAAUAAGUGGCUGGGAAGCAGGUGUUUGGAAGGCAGAGUCUAUUUCGAGAAAGGUUGAAACAGAUUGGAAAAUGGUUUAUUUAGCCCGAAAAGAGGGGUCAUCCUCUGCUUCCAUCAGCUGGAAGUUUGAGUGCAAGUCAGUCGGUCUAAAAAUAGAUAACAUUUCAGUUAGGACAAGCAGUCAGACAUUUCAGAGUGGAAGAAUAAAGUGGAGACUUUGCUCUCCAACAGCAGAAAUUGCUUUGAUAGGAGAUAAAAAUCUUUGCUCCUAUUCAGAUUUUUCUGGUGCAACAGAAGUUACGUUGGAAGCAAUUCUAAAUGGAGGGGAUGGUGAAGCUGCAUGGCAACACACACAGCUGUUUAGAGAGAGCUUAACAGGAUGUGGAGAAAAUUGCUUGGAGAUAAUUAUAAAACUCAGUGACCUCUGAGAACCUGAACUGAAGAGAUGUUCUUUGGAUUCCUUGAAGACAUUAUACCAUGGAUACAACAUGAAGAUUUGGUUGGCAGUUCCUGUUCAUCCUGCUGGCAGCUUAUUUCCUCUUUCACUGCUUCCAUUUAACCAACUUGAAACUGCACGUGUAAUGAAUAGGUAAACAUCACAAUGAAAAUCUCUUCGCUUUAAAAACAAACACCAAAAUUAAGGGAUUGAACCAUUAAAUACCCUUUUCUUAAACUUUAUGAUGAAAAGGAAACAGUUUUUAGGAAGCAAAACAUGAUCAUAACAGCACAGAGAAAUUGUAAUUGAUUUUAAUUUGGAGUUUUGGGGUUGGCUUGCUGGGGUUUUUUUUUUAUAAUCUAUUUCUUGGAUAAACAGUCUGAAUUCCAUUUUCUGAUUACAACAGAUGCUUGUGAUGAUUUUAAAAUAUUUUAAAGAGUAAUAGAAGACUUAGACAUUUUAAAAGAAAAAUAUGAUUUUGUGUAAUAACCAGAAGAACUGAAAUUAAGAUAAAUUUUGAAGCAAUCUUGAAAUGAUCUUGUUAUAUAUCUAAGUAUUAAACUUGUGUUUAAUACCUAGAAAUGUUUGGAAAUAUGAUGGUGUGCUAGGAAAAUAAACUGAUUUUGAAAGAUGUGUUCAUUAUGUACCUAAAAUUGUCAUGGCCUGUGAUAUGAAAUUGAGACUUAAAACUGAGUAAGAACAUCAGAAUUUUUUUCUGUGAAAAAAUAGAUUAUUCAUUAUAAAUACUUUUUAAUGAUAUAAAUUAUAUUUGCCCACUUUUUAAAAGAUAUAUUAAGCAUGUAGGUUGAAAUCACUUUUUAAGCUAUUGUCUUGAGUUGCUUUGAAUACUAUUCCCAAAUUUGAUGUAAAAGUAUAUACAAUUUUUUUGUUCAUUAAUGCAGUGUUUAAAUUUCUUUUCAUUGAAUAUAAUAAAAACUGCCACCCAGGAGAUGUCAGAUGUAGCAGUGCUGUGAAUAAAGUAUGGAGUGAAUGUUCAGAUUAGAUAGUCUUUAUCAGAGAAUUUGAGGGAGGCUAUGGCUGGAUUGUGCAAGAAAUUUUCUAUUAUAGGACUAUAAUGCAAAGUUCAGACUAUAGUUUUAUUUUAAAAUAAGUGAAAAUUAGGGAUGAUUUUCUCAAGAUCAGGGUUUUUGAAGCUUUUUGUUCCUUUUUCUGACCCUUCCAACCGCUGUAUUGAUUUGAAAUUAUUGUCAAAAAUAAUUUAUGUUGAAACAAAUGUUUGCUGACCUUUCAACAAAUCUAAGCAAAUAAAAGACUAUUCAAAUUUUA